AUGCCGCUCCCGGUGAUCAUCCAGGAAUGCAAAGCGUGGCCCGUGGGUUCCGAACUGAUGUUCAUCGUCCAGCAUCAAAACAUCCAACUCGAACAGACCUUGCCGCUGGAAGGUAUGACGGACGUCCGGUACUCGCUCUUCGCGAACUUCGAUCCGCUCAAGGAGGUCUGGCUGUCCUCGGAGCCUCAUUCGAAUCGGCUGGAGAUCCAGAUCUGUGCCAACAGCGGCGUCUUGACACAAAAACAAGCCGCAUUCCUGUCCGAGGAGAUAGCUAGGGUUGUGAGGUUGUUUUGGCUGUCCCCCUGGCAUGCUGCUUGA